UUUCGUUAAUUAUUUUAAGACACCUGAAGUACCCAAAUAUAUUAAAUAAAGAGGUGUUCGUGAUUUAAAAUUCUUAGGAAUCUUUCGAAGAAAUAAAGUAUGCAUUCAACACCUCACGGAACAAUAGAUCAUUAACCACAGCUUUCAGGAUUACAGGUGAUUAUGUAGUUUACCCCUUAAAAUAAAAUAUUAUAUUUAUUCAGUUCGUUGUGGUCUGUAGUUAUAACGUGCUAUCAGUAUUGGAUAGUGUAUGAGUGACUGGACAAUUUUUGACAAUUGUUUACGUUCUGGUAUCAGAUAUGUAUAUACACACUUUAAUACUGCUAUUGUUAGCAGUGCCUUCUUACUCUGAGAUAAAAUGUGUGAGGCAAACAGAAUGCUACUGUUCCGAUUAUUAUGAUUAUUUAGAGUACUAUUGCGAAAAAUCCCAAAACACCAUCCAGGUGGACAAACAAACUAAAAUAGUACAAGUGGACUGUUUCUCACCAUCGCCUUUGGAUCAGUCGGACCUUCCUCAAAUUGACGUUAGUGAACGAGUAAGUCUUGACUUUUUCAAAUGCGGACCCCCAAAGACGAAUUAUCUUUCAAUUCUACGAAAGAUGAAUGUAAAAAACAUAUCUGAACUUUCGUUUGAUGGCAUCUUCGACAAUCAACAUGUGACGAUUUUCUCUGAAGAUAUGUUUCACGGAACGGAGGUUAUUGAGGCUUUGAAAAUACAGAACGUUAAAUAUUUGCAAAUUGAAGAGAAUAUCUUAGAAGCUGUGCCCAAGUUGAGGGAGUUUACUGUACAUUUUAGUAAUAUAACAAAUACGUUGAAUUUAAACUUCUCCUCAGUACAAAAUCUUACAUAUUUACAAAUGAGUUCCAUCGGGUUGCAAGAAAUUCCCUUAAAUGAAUACAACAACUUACCACAACUAAAGUGGGUGUUGUUAUUUAACAACAACAUUAAAACGUUAGGAACAAAUGCAUUUAAGGGUGCUGUUAACAUACAACUACUGGAGCUGAGCAGGAAUAAAAUAGAAACCAUACAUGAGAAUACUUUUCAAAACUUGAACAGCUUAUACGUUCUUAGUUUGUUUAAAAACAACAUUUCGGAUAUCACCAAAGAUUCGUUCAAACAUGCGAAGAAUUUAUAUAUCAUACGUUUGGAAUUCAAUCCAAUGUUAAGACUCCACGAUUAUGCUUUUGCAAAUAUGACAAAUUUAACGAAAAUAUCCCUAAAUAAUUGUAACAUACAGAAGCUACCGGCAAAUUUGUUCAAAGGCUCAACAAACUUACAAGAUGUGAAACUGGACAACAACCAGCUGUCGACAAUUCCUAACAAGUUCUUCGAUUCAUUAAGCAAGAUGAAAAAAUUAAGGCUGGAUCACAACAACAUACAAGUGUUACCAAUAGAUAUUUUCGAGCCUCUUGAAUCACUGGAGGAAUUAAAUUUGGGACACAAUUAUCUGACUGCAAUAAACUCAAAGUUAUUUUAUAAACUUGACAAUUUAAUGAAAUUAAACUUACGGAAGAACCAAAUUGAGUAUAUAGAACGUUCCUUCUUAAAUAUUAAACUUGAAGAGCUAGAUUUGUCCGACAAUAAAUUGACGACGAUUGAAUGGAACCUUAACAAUUUAAUUAACUUGAAGUACCUCAAUUUAAGUAGGAAUAUGUUAGAAAGUGAAACCAUUCCGUAUAACAUACAUAAAGUAGAAGAUAUUGAUAUGUCAUUCAAUAGAAUUAAAAACAUUUCGUUGGUGACUUUAUCCAAUGUCUACGCCAAUAGAUUUACUGUAAACCUUUCAAAUAAUGAAAUUUCGAAGAUUGACAGUACAAUUUAUUCCCAUCCGGAUGACGAUAAGCAAGAAAUAACACUUUUCUUGGACAACAACCCAAUUGAUUGUGAUUGUUACAAUUACAAUUUUAUAACGAACUACCCGAAUGUUAGAAAUGUAAACAAGAUUUUCUAUAUUAAAAAUCACGAACAAUUAACAUGCAUGUCAGGGAUUCGUGUAGAGGCCCUAACCAAACAUUUGGAUACAAUUAAAUGUCCAAUGAAUAACUUGCUGACUCAGAAGUACACAUGUACAGAGAGUUGCGACUGUUUUUGGAAACCACAAAACAGUACGUUUGAAAUGGACUGUUCCAACAGGAAUCUCACCCAAGUACCUACAUUUGUCGCCCCUUUGAAUUGUAGUAUAUGGAACCAAGUUCAUCGUAUCAAAUAUAUAGAGAUUAAUUUGAGCAACAAUUCGUUGGAGGUGGCUCCAACCUCGCAGGAUGGAUAUGAAGGUGUGACCGAGUUGAAUUUAUCUAAAAAUAAAAUUCGAAAUAUUAACUGGAUACCACCAAAUAUACAGAAAUUAUACUUAAGCCACAACCGUUUAACGUCGAUGAAUGACACAAUUUUGGACAAACUAAAUGAUUCAAUAAAAUAUUUGUCACUUGAUGGCAAUCGUUGGACAUGUGAUUGUUCUGCUUUAAAACUUCAACAGUUUUUAAUCCAUAACACUAAACAGGUUGGAGGAUCACACGUUUAUUGUAAAGACAGUAAUGUAAAAAUUAUACAAAAUUCUGAACUUUGCAACUACACAACCUUAAUUGUAUCGACUGCAGCUCCUAUCGUGGUCAUAAUCCUCUUCAUUGCAUUUGGAUUGGCAAUGUAUUAUAAAUGGCAGGAGGAAAUAAAAGUUUGGUUGUACAGCAAAAACUUGUGCUUGUGGUGGGUUACUGAAGAAGAACUGGAUAAAAACAAACGUUACGAUGCGUUCCUCAGCUUCUCACAUAAAGAUGACGAAUUCGUUUUAAAAACUCUGAUUCCCUUUUUAGAAUCGGACACUAAUGCCUACAAGUUAUGUGUCCAUUAUAGAGAUUUUGUGGUUGGUGUACACAUUGGGGAGCAAAUUACGACCACAAUUGCCAACUCCAGAAGAACCAUAGUGGUUCUGUCUGAAAACUUCAUCGAGAGUUGUUGGGCUAAAAUGGAAUUUCGUACGGCCCACUCAAUAGCAUUGUCUGAAGGCACAUCACGUGUCAUUAUAAUUAUAUAUGGUGAUAUAGAAGAAUCAAAAUUACCAAGUGAAAUUAAAGCAUAUCUUCGAACCAAUACAUAUGUGAAAUGGGGAGAUCCCUGGUUCUGGCAAAAGUUGGCUUAUGCGAUGCCGCAUAAAAAAUUGUGCAACUUUGUGCACAAUAGCAAAAUAUUACCUAAAUUCAAAAUAAUUUGUACCCAAAUACAAUAUUAUAAUAUUUUUAUAGUUUUAGGCGUCAUGUGGUUUUAUGUGAGUCUGCUAGUUUUUUUCCUUCCCUGUUCAUACUCAAAUGAUGUGAGGUGCGUCCGAAAUGGGGACAGAUGUAUUUACUACAAUCAGUCGUCGGCAAUCAACUGUAACACUUUUGUAUGCAAUUUGAAAAUAUUUAUUAAUACACUUGAGGGAUCGAUCAAAUUAUCAGGAAAAAUAGAAAAACUGGAAGAAGUAUUUUUGGACCCUCACGUAGAGACUCUUACAAUCAAAAUACUAGAACUGCAUGAUUCAAACGCAGAUGUUUCAUUACAAAGACUCCUUGAACAUCAGAAUCUUGAAGUAAUCACCAUAUCCAACAUCAAUAACAUCAUUAUUCAACAGAAUUUUUUAAACAAUUUACAUAAUUUAAAGGAAUUGAACAUUCACAACACAAGUAUUAAUCCCAUUGACGUGCCACAAUUUUGUAAUAAGAACUUGAAAAUAUUAAAUAUAAGUGAAACAAAUUUAAAAGAAAUUAAUCUGAAUCAGUGUAAGGAAAUGAGUAUAGUGGUGUUAGACUUAGGAUCUAAUUUAAUUCAACGUAUUGAACGUGACACCUUCAGCCACCCUAGCAUUGAGAUGAUCAAUUUAGAACGGAACAUACAUCUCCAAAUAGAUGGAAAUGCGUUUGAGAACUUACCGAAUCUACGGAAAAUUAGACUGAGCAAUUGCAACUUGACGGUACUGCCAUCUAAUUUAUUUAGUGGAUGCAGAGCACUAAAGGAGGUUUAUUUGGAAUUCAACAAUCUACUACAAAUAAGACAUGUAUUUGGCAAUCAGCAACUGAAGGUAUUGAACGUCAGUCAUAACUUGAUUCGCACUAUUGAAAGUAUUGAUCAAAUACACUUAGAUCAGGAAAGUGUGAUUGAUCUUUCAUACAAUAAAAUUUCGAAGCUUAUAAUACCAAAUCUGCAGUACAAGAUCGUUGUUAAACAAAAUGCAAGAGUUGACCUGUCCCACAACAAUAUAAUACGUGUUAUCGAAAAUCCUAUAAAGAAUCAACAAAUGAAAAUAAAUCUUCUAAAUAAUCCGAUUCGAUGUGACUGUUGGAAUUAUAAUUUUAUAUCUAAUCUCCAAUCUACCAAAUAUGCAUCAAUUUUAUUAAAUUCUGUCCAUUUGACGUGUGGAAAUUCCGGUCAAAAUUUGAGUAAACUAAACCUAAGUAGUAUAAGUUGUGAUAUAAAAUGUCCUAAAAACUGCAGAUGUCUGUGGUACCCGCAUGUUUCAAGUUUCCUAGUUAAUUGUUCUCAUAGGAAUUUAACAGACAGUCCAAAAUUAAUUAUUUUAAAUAAACUAAGAGAUGAGACAGUACACUUGAAGGCAAAUUUUUCAAACAACGUACUGACUGCGAUGCCUGAAGAAAAUGAAGAUUACAGAAAAGUAAACAUAUUCGAUCUGUCGAAUAAUAAGAUUAAAACUAUUACGUGGUUACCACCAAAUGCAAUGAAGUUAUUCUUCAAUGACAAUAAUAUAAAAUCAAUUGAUCCAGAAAUAUUAGAUGUGAUGAGAUCAUUAAAGUGGUUAAAAUCUUUAUAUCUCGGAGGAAAUCCUUGGUUGUGUGAAUGUUCGACGUUAAAUUUUAAAACGUUUCUGAUGGAGAAUAAAAAGACAAUACAAGACUACAAUAGAAUUAUUUGCGAUGGAACUGACAUACACGUAUCAAGUUUUGAUAUUUAUUGCACGCCCAUAAAACAAAAAAAAUUUAUUGGUGUAAUCGCAAUUUUAAGUUUUGUAUUAGUCUUUGCUCUAUCACUCACUAUUUAUUACAAAUAUCAACUAGAAAUUAUUAUAGGAUAUUGUCGAAGGUCAGAAGAUGAAGACAAGGACUACGAUGUGUAUCUUGGUUAUUCGGAUAAGGACUUACAAUACGUUUGCAACAUUCUCUUGCCCAAGUUAGAAAAGGAAUUGGGCUACAAAGUAUGUCUACCACACAGAAAUUUUGAUGUUUGUGAUUAUCGACCCACACAAGUUAUAGACUCUAUUAGUAAUUCUCGCCGGACACUCAUAGUGGUUUCAGAAAAUUCAAUAAAAGACGAAUACUCAAAACUGGCAUUUAAUACUGCUCAUUCUUUGAUGAUUAACGAGAAAAAGACAAAAGUUAUUGUUAUUAUUGCUGAACCACUGGACAGGCUACAAAUUACUGGUGACUUGAAGAAAUAUAUUUCGACCAACACUUACAUUUCUUCAGCUGACAAAUUGUUUUGGCCAAAGUUAUCGGAGGCGUUAAAGCCUAAAAAGAAAUCAUGAGCAACAUUUCAAACUAGUUGUUAAAUUAUGUUUAGUUAUUAUUUUUGUAUAUUAUAAUUUUGAUUUGAUGUUUAACAUGAGGAGGAAUUGUAAGAUUAGAAGAGGACAGCAGUAGAUUAGGCAAGUACCAUUUUUUGUAUGAUCAAAUGAAGUAAAUAGAAGUGUCCUGGUUUUUAGGAAAAAUAUUGAUUUACAAUUAACAAACAAGUUUUAUAACUACACGAGUCCCUUUUGAACUGGAACGUUUGAAUUAUUUAAAAAAUCAGAAUACUAAUGGCAGCUAUAAAAUGGCAAUAUUUGUAUGUAAGAAUUAAUAAAUAUUGC